GCACUGUUAAUUCAGAUCCACGCAGGUUGCACGAUAUGGAUUGGUUCAAAGCAACAGGCCCUUCUGCUUCUUCACAUGGGCACGUCACCUAGAUAUGCAGAUUAUGGAAGCCGAAACAAAAAGAUUGAGAGGCAUGGCCUUCACAGCUGAUAAAUGCAAUGCACUGAUAGCACUUUUGAAGAUGAUAUGCUACUAUCAUGCUGCGUUUUAGCUGUGGAGCCAUCAGAAGAGUUACAUGAUGCAAGAUAAGGGAGAGGAUCACUUCCUCCCUCUGUGGUUUGUCUGGCUGAGUUGCUAAAAAAAGGCUGAGCAGAAUAUCCUGGCAAGCCUGCCGUCAGCAUGGACCAAGAAGUGGUGGGGUACAUUGUCCUCCUGGUCAUCGUUACGCUUUUAAGCGUCGUCCAAAAUGCCUUUUUUGCAAGCAAAGUAGAACAGGAAAGCAAGAACAGUACGGGCAAAAUUGUUCACCGUGGCGGUACAUCUCCCUUCGAGCGAGUCUUUACAGCCAACCAAAACUGCAGAGACGCCUACCCUACCUUUCUUGCCGUGCUUUGGUGUGCUGGCUUGCUGUGUAGUCAAGCUCCUGCUGCCUUUGCGGGACUGAUGUACUUGUUUGUGAGACAGAAGUACUUUGUCGGCUAUAUGGGGGAAAGGACACAGAGCACUCCUGGUUACAUUUUUGGAAAACGCAUCAUAGCUUUCCUGUUCCUUAUGUCUGCCGCUGGAGUCCUCAACUAUUACCUGGGUUACUUUUUUGGAAGCGAUUUUCAAAUGUAUAUAAAAACCAUAACUGGUACCAUCUCCCCACUGCUGCUUAUUCCUUAAAUCUCUGUAGAAAGAGAGGGAAGGAGGUGAAAGAGAAUGGAGGUCAGUGUGCUUAGCCAAUCAAUAUCCAGAAGCAGAUGUUUGAAAUGAACCUACAAAGCUGCUUUUAGAUUGCCAUAAAUCCAAUGCUCCUUGGGACUUUGUAGUUUUCAUUUAACACAGAUUUUUCCCCCCUACAAGAAAAUGAUUUAUUGUGCACAGUUGGCAUGUCUUUGGUAGAAGAGUAAUAUGUUCCUGUAAUUUAUCAGGCUCCCUCCUAUAAAUGGGUUUGGUCACUGAAUUCUUAAGUGCAAGGAAAUUUUUAUGCUGCCAUCAUUAAAAAAUUUUUUACAAGAUUCUAAGACAUAAUGCUUGAUUUUUUUAGUCUUCUUGAAUUUGUAAUUCCUAUGAUAGUUAAUGGCACUGAGGCUUCACAUUUUGGUAGAAACAGAACCAGCCAUCUGGCUCAAAUCCCUAUUUUUAUCAUUACCAUGUUGGCUUAAUAUACAUAAGAAUAAAGUAUGGUAUAUGUUUUGGAACACGCUGUUAUUUUAAUAAAGUUAU